CCCGGGGGCUCAGCCCAGCGGGGCGCGACGAUGGAGGAGCCGCAGCGCGGCCGCUCGCACACCGUCACCACCACCGCCAGCUCCUUCGCCGAGAACUUCUCCACCAGCAGCAGCAGCUUCGCCUACGACCGCGAGUUCCUGCGCACGCUGCCCGGGCUGCUCAUCGUGGCCGAGAUCGUUCUCGGACUGCUGGUAUGGACGCUGAUUGCUGGGACCGAGUACUUCCGUGUCCCCGCGUUUGGCUGGGUCAUGUUCGUGGCUGUGUUUUACUGGGUCCUCACGGUGUUCUUCCUCAUCAUCUACAUAACCAUGACCUACACCAGGAUCCCCCAGGUGCCCUGGACCACGGUGGGCCUGUGCUUUAAUGCAAGUGCCUUCGUCUUAUACCUCUCGGCCGCAGUGGUGGAUGCGACCUCAGUGUCCCCGGAGAGAGACAGCCACAACUUCAACAGCUGGGCAGCCUCCUCGUUCUUUGCCUUCCUGGUGACCAUCUGCUACGCUGGAAACGCCUACUUCAGCUUUAUCGCGUGGAGAUCCAGGACCGUGCAGUGA